AUGAAAGGUGAACUGACUGACUAUUACGAUAAAGUUACAGAAGAAAGAAGGAAUAGGGCUAGAGUCAUGACUGUGGAGCCUAUUAGUAUAAAUACUUUUCUUAUAAAAGACGGUGAUGAUGGAGGACAAGUGGAUUUGGCCUGCAAGACUUGCUCCUGCAGAGUUUUUGAUAUUGACCAUAUACCUUGCAUCCACGCUUUUGCAGCAUGUAGAGUUAGAAAAUUACCAAUAAUUUCAUCGUGUUCGCAAUAUUAUCGUACUGAUAUGCUGCUACUGGCAUAUGCAGAACUAAUCAACCCCGUUUUGAACACAUACACUAAUGUUCUGAUUGAGGAAGUGAGGGUUGUGUAA